CGCCAGCGGAACCGGAAGUAUGAUGGGAUACACACAUAUUGUACUGGGAUUGCCAGAAUGAGCAUCAGUCAGCAGACACUCCCAUACAGUAUAGCUGUGGACAUAGUGGAGGAAGAAUCUAUUUCAACUGACAAUCACAUUGUCCCAGCUGAGACAGUCAAUGAUAUCAUCGCAACCAGGGACUGGCUAGAUGGCCAGUUGGUUAACCAACUCAGUCAGAUCCAAGCAGAUCAAGCAGAUGUGCCACUAACGAAAGAUGUUGAAGUGGCAAGGGAAAGGAUGAGUAGGCUACAAGAGGAGCUGCUGUCUGAGUCCUCCAAACUGUCCUUGCGGGAACUCACUUUGAAAAGACUCCAGCUAGGCACUGCACUUUCCCAGGAAUUGUUUGGCCCAACUGAUCCUGAUGGCCCAACAGUGGACAACACAGUCAAGAAAGAGCUGGAGGAUAUGGUGCUGCAACAGAGCAACCUUGUGUCCAAGAUUAUGAAGGAAGAGGCAGAACUCGAGAUGCUCCACACAGAGCUCAAAACACUCAGAGAGAAAAACUUUGAAAUGAAGGCUCAGAACAGAAGGUCAAUGAACCAGAUCCGACAACGACAAAAGCUUCUGGAAGAAAAAGCUGAUGACUUUCGCCAACACAAGGAGGGCCAGAGUAAGAAGGAGCAGCUUGAGGGUGAGAUGACAAAGAUUGUGAUCCAGCGCCACACACUGCAAGGCCUCAUUCUGGGCAGUGGAAUCAACUGGGCAGCUGACCCUGCCAUGGAGGAGCUCCUGCUCAGUCUCGGGGAACCACUCAACUUGUGACAGGCUUCCUUCUGACAGGGGAUGUUUCAACACGACCAAAGGAAGCUGCGUCACUGCAGGCUACAUACAGUGCCUUAUUAAGUCGACACGUCCUCAGAUGGUACACAGAAACUGUUGGUCAUCGUCAUUUUCUUCCCAGAAGUAACCGUCCUGUUGUCGGUCCAUCACAAAUGAAGCUGAUGAAGAUUUUGUAUUUGUCUAUUUAUGGAAAUGAUCAUUCAUGUUUCUUGAGGAGCAAUCAAGAUUAAGUGCAGAAGUUAAAGGGAUUGCCACUUUACUCUUGGUACCAUGGCCUGUGAACAUAUUGCUAUGCUGGACUCCUUGAGAGAACAUGAAUGUGAUGAAGUAUACUGAACUGUCUUGGAGAUGAACAGUAACACUGUCCUGUGACAGAUAAUAGUGCUGCAUACAGAUGUUAAGGAGGAACGGCUGGGUCAGCAUUCUUAUGUAUCUUAAAUCAACUUUGUAUACAGCAGGUUUGAUAUUUCA